UGUGCGUUUCGAUUGUUUGCAUUGUAGCUCAUGGUGAUUGUUUGAUCCAGCCAUGUCUGCAAGGAGGAGACUUCAAGUCCUGCAUUGUCAUGUUAGCCAUCCAGGAUCGUUCCAGAAAAUUCUCAUUGCGAACCGCGGAGAGAUCGCAUGCCGCAUCCACCGAGCUGCAAAAGCUCUAGGUGUGCAAACUGUGGGAGUUUGCACCAAAGAGGACAGCCAGUCGCUACAUGCCAAGGUGCUGGACAAGGUGGUGGAGCUUCCACCUGGCGCCAGCCCUGUAGCGCCGUACCUGGACGCCCGGCACCUGCUGGAGAUUGCCAUUCAGGAAGGUUGCCAGGCGGUCCAUCCAGGUUACGGCUUUCUUUCUGAGAACGAGGCAUUCGUCGCCCUUUGCGAGGAGAAGGGAGUGAAGUUUGUGGGGCCAUCGGCCAAAGUCAUCGAUCUCUUUGGGGACAAGACCAAGGCCAAGGAGGCCGCAGUGAGGGCAAAGAUCCCAGUGCUUCCGGGAAGCCCAGGCUUGACGAGCGCGCAACAGGCUGCGGAGUACCUCAAGGCCAAUCCCAUGAAGUUCCCCCUGCUGCUGAAAGCCGCCUUCGGUGGCGGCGGCCGCGGGCAGGCCGUUGUGGCCAACGAGGCUGACUUCGCCAGGGAGUUCGAAAAGUGCAGCAAGGAGGCAGAAAUGAGCUUUGGACGACCCGAAGUCUUUGUGGAGCGGUUCCUGGCCAAGGCCAUGCACAUCGAGGUCCAGGUAGUGGGUGAUGGAAGGCAUUGCAUUCACCUCUUUGAGCGGGAUUGCUCCGUUCAGCUCCGCAAACAAAAGGUGGUGGAGCUGGCACCCGCUCGGGGCAUGAAUCCGGAGCUCCGAGAGCGGAUCACCUCUGCUGCCGUGGCCCUUUGCGAGUCGGUUGGAUACCAGAAUGCCGGCACCGUGGAGUUUCUGGUGGAGGGGGAUCUCAGAGACAAGGCGGCGGGAUUCUACUUCCUGGAAUUGAAUCCACGCAUUCAAGUGGAGCACACCAUCACAGAGGAGAUCACGGGCAUUGACUUGGUCCAGACCCAGUUCAAGAUCGCAGGAGGCAUGACCUUGGCCGAUCUUGGCCUGGAACAGAAGAAGUUGAGCUUCAAGGGCUCCGCCAUCCAAGUUCGGGUGGGCCUUUUGCCCGGAGGAGGCGGGCAGGUGGCGGACUACCAGGAGCCUCCAAAGGUACGCGUGGAGACCUCUAUUGGCGCAGGGACAGUAGCUGUGACCGACUACGAUCCCAUGAUUGCCAAGCUGAUAGUCUGGGGUGAGGAUUUCGGCCAAGCGCUCAAGGCUGCUUUGGAGGCCGUGCGGGGCUUCAAGGCCAAAGGCCUGAAGCUGAACUCGGACUUCUUGCAGCGCAUCCUCGAGCACCAGGACUUUGUGAAGGAUACGGUGCACACCACCUGGGUGGAGCAGAACAAGCUGCACAUGCCUCCACAGGCGAGUGCAGCCGUUGCUGCUGGCGGUGUGCUGCAGAUUGAUGCUCCGUUUCCUGCUCAAGUGACAGAGGUCAAGGUGAAGGUCGGCGAUGAGGUCUCUGCGGGCACAGUGCUGGCAGUGCUGUCAGCAAUGAAGAUGCUGAAUGACAUCGUUGUAGAUCGCCCGGGCAAAGUCGUGGAAGUGCUGGCCGUAGCCGGCACGCAAAUCAAUGAGGGCGUCCCCUUGUUCCGCAUCGAGUCCAGUGGCGAAGCUGUGGAGGAGGUGCACGAGGCCGUAGCCAAGUCGGCCCGCAAGGUGACUGACACCGCUGGAAGUCAGCGAGCGCUGCCCAGAUCUUGGUAUGCCAGCGGCAGCCCGGAAGAGCAAGUUUAUGACACUCCUGUCCUCAGGACCAAGGUCAAAGAGAACGACUCGGUCUACAAGAAGCGGCACCAGCACAACACCGAGGUUGCUUCAGAGCUUCAUAGGAGGCUUGACUCCGUUAGUCACGGGGGCUCCGAACGCGCUGUGAAGCUGCAUCGCAAAAGAGGCAAGUUCCUGGUUCGCGAGCGCAUUCGCAAGAUCAUCGACGAGGGCACGGACUUUCUGGAGAUCUCGCAACUGGCAGGGUGGGAGAUGUAUGGAGGUGGUGUUCACAGUGGCGGCACCGUCAUUGGCAUCGGUGUCGUCAGCGGGCGAGAGGUCAUGUUCAUUGGCACGGAUGCCACCAUCAAAGGUGGAGUGGCCUUCCCAGUUGGCUACAAGAAGUGGCUGCGCGCCCAAGAGAUUGCAGAAGCGAACUGCUUGCCCUGUGUGUAUUUGAUCGACGGCGGCGGCGCCAAGCUGGAUGCCCAGGGUGGCCCGGGCAAAGGCGACAAGGACAAGAAGCGGGACUUGACCUACAGCGGCACGCUGCCGGCCAUGUUCGUGGAGGGUGGCCGGCAAUUCUACAACCAGGCCAGAAUGAGUGCCAAGGGCAUCCAUCAGAUUGCGGUGGUGUGUGGCAUGUGCACUGCAGGUGGAGCCUACACUCCAGCCAUGUGCGACGAGACCAUCAUAGUCAAGGAGAAUGGCACUGUUUACCUUGGCGGUCCUCCCUUGGUGAAGGCUGCGACCGGUGAGGAUGCUGAUGAGCAGAGCCUUGGUGGGGCGGUGAUGCACACCACCAAGUCGGGAACCUGCGAUCAGAUGGCUCCUGACGAGGGCACUGCCCUGCAGAUGUGCCGUGAGGUUAUUGAAAACCUGUCUGGGCGACAGCCGAGAACGAUAUUGAUGAAUACAGUGGCACCAGAGCCGCCUCUGUAUGAUCGGGAAAGCAUCCUGAGCGUCGUGCCCGAGAGCACCAACAUCCCCUACGACAUCCGUGAGGUGAUUGCACGCAUCGUGGAUGGGUCACGCUUCCACGAAUUCAAGCCCAAGUUCGGGCCAACCAUCGUGUGCGGUUUCGCGCAUAUCGAGGGCUAUCCGGUUGGCAUCAUCGGCAAUAACGGCAUGCUCUUCAGCGAGUCGGCCAUCAAGGCUACCCACUUCGUGCAGAUGUGCGGCAAGCGGGGCACGCCGCUGGUCUUCCUCCACAAUGUCACGGGGUUCAUCAUUGGCACAGCCUUUGAGCAGGGUGGCAUCACGAAGGAUGGAGCAAAGAUGGUGAAUGCGGUCAGCAACGUGCCUGUCCCCAAGUUCUCCAUCGUGUGCGGAGGCAGCUUCGGGGCUGGCAAUUAUGCAAUGGCAGGGCCAGCCUUCGGCACACGCUUCACCUUCCUGUGGCCCAACGCCAAGAUCUCGGUGAUGGGCGGUGAGCAAGCUGCAGGGGUUGUCGCGAUUGUCAAGCAGAAGGCGUUGAAAAGGGACGGGCAGCAGGAUAUGCCGGAGGAGAUGGUGGCGAUGCUGAAGAAGCCAAUCAUUGAUGGAAUUGAGAAUAGCAACUCUGCCUACCAUUCUUCGGCAGGCGCAUUCGACGAUGGAGUCAUUGACCCGCGGGAUACCAGGAAGGUCCUCGCGCAGGUGAUAUCCAUCUCGCUGAAUGCUCCGUUGCCACAGAACGAGUACGGCGUGUUCCGAAUGUGAGUUGCAAGUGCAGAUGUGAGCAAGAUGUCCUUUUGAAAGCCGUCUAGGCUUGAAAGAGCCUAGAAGCCAAAGAAUCGGAGUUGCUAUCCUGUUUGGGUACCUUUGUCAAGGGACAGAGGCGACCCUGACAAAAUUUGAAGAUGGCAAGCCUGGCUGUUCCCGGCUGCGGCAGCUUGCUUUGCCCACAGGGCCACUUGGCAUUUACACGUUUGCAGGCCUUUCGGGUGAAUGCAAGGUGACUCACACCUGCGGGGUGGUCGAGACUCAAGAGUCAGUUCGCCGUUUGGGCGCUGGCUCGUCCUUACUCAGGCUAGAGCGCUCG